UGAUCUCUAUCUCUACAUUAUCUCUUAAUUGCUUCAUAUUAAUUAUUUGGUUUUCUUGAAACAUGGCAAUAUCUGGUAAAAUUAGUGUUGAAGUUGUGAUCCAAGUACCAGUUUCAAAGUUCUUCCACAUUUUGGCAAAGGAAUUCCACACUGUCCAAAACAUUUGUGAAAGAGUGCAUGGAGGCAACUUGCACCAAGGUGAUGAUUGGCAUUGCACUGAUUCGGUCAAAAAUUGGACUUGUCUAGUAGAUGGUAAGGUAAUUACAUUCAAAGAAAAAAUUGAAGACAUCGAUGAAGAGAAGAAGUUGAUUAAAUACAGCAUCUUUGAUAGAGAUAUCGGUCAAAACUACAAACUCUUUAAGAGCAAUGUUCAAGUGACUGAGACAAACAAUGAGAGUGCUAAUGUUAAAUGGACUAUUGAAUACGAGAAGAUCAAUGAGGAUGUUAAAACUCCAUACGGCUUCUUGGAAUUUUUAGAGAAGAGUACUAUAGAAGUUGGUGACCAUCUUCACAAGGCAUAGCUCUCCAACCAUUAUAAUUAAAGGA